AAAGUAGGCCUAGUGAUUUAGGAUUCAGGUCCACAAUCCUUAGGUGAGGAGCACUACACUGUAUUCGCACCAACUGCACCUACCGUUCUCAGUGCGCAUCUUCAAAAAAAGGAUUCGAGCAAGACAACCUUAAAUUACAUAAAAAGAUUUGAUUUUUCUCGGAGGUUUGUGAAAUUCAAGAAAAUUAAGGUUUUAAUGGAGGGGCUGAUGAGUUUUCAAGCGAACUCUGUUCGUUCUGUCUCUAGACAGCAAAGUUCGGUACUAGUUCCUACAUUCUCUUCAAAAAUUACUAGUACAAGAGUUUCUGUUCAGCCAAUUGGAAUGGUGAGAAAUUCCAGAUUGUUUAAUUCAUUUGUUGCUUCAGUUCAGCCCGUUGAAGCCUCUGCUGUUACGCCUUUUGACAACACAUUACCAUCUAAAGAGGUUCUUGAUGUUUGGCAAAAUUCGAAUGCUGUAUGCUUUGAUGUGGAUAGCACUGUGUGCAUAGACGAGGGCAUAGAUGAAUUUGCAGAAUUUUGUGGGGCUGGAAAGGCUGUAGCAGAAUGGACUGCUAGGGCAAUGAAUGGCUCUGUUCCUUUCGAAGAUGCAUUGGCAGCUCGUCUGUCGCUUAUCAACCCUUCAUUGUCCCAACUCCAGGACUUUCUUAAGAGACCUCCACGACUUUCUCCUGGCAUUGAUCUAUUGGUCAAGAAACUGAAGGAUAAAAAGAAAGAUGUUUAUCUGGUCUCAGGCGGGUUUCGUCAAAUGAUCAAUCCUGUCGCAUCAAUCCUUGGUAUACCACUUGAAAAUAUUUUUGCCAAUCAAAUGCUCUUUGGGAGUAAUGGAGAAUUUGCUGGGUUCGAUAAAAAUGAGCCAACUUCAAGGAGUGGCGGGAAACCUACUGCCGUUCAACAAAUAAAAAAGGCUCGUGGAUACAAAUCAGUAGUGAUGAUUGGUGAUGGUGCUACUGAUCUUGAGGCUCGUAUGCCAGGUGGUGCGGACUUGUUUAUUUGCUAUGGAGGAGUUCAACUACGAGAACCAGUUGCAGCCAAAGCUGAUUGGCUGGUGUUUAAUUUUAAGGACUUGAUUAACUCAUUGGAGUAAUGUGCUAUCGGAUCUUCACUCUUCCAUCAGUAUUUCGCGUCUUGACUCUUCCAUCAAAUAUUUCUUCCUCGGGGCUUUAUGCAGCUUUGUAGUUCUGUUCUUGAUGUCAUUUAUUUUCCUCUUAAAUUUUGCUAUGAGGUAUUGUGAAAAAAUUUGAAAUCUUGGAAACUGACUUCAUUAUGAUUGGGAGCUAAACCGUCGUCUUGUUACUGCAUUUCUAGAGAACUUAUUGCAUUGUCACCAGCCAGAAGGAAUGGCGUUCACCAAUAGAAGAAGCUAUCUUUAAUAUAACAACCGUCUUCCUCGUCUUGUAUUGUAUUUUUGAUCUUUGGCUUGAUGUAUAGCGAGUGUUCGGUUGAAUAUGAUUCACUGUUACCUUUC